AUGUCUUCAUUAACGGCUGUUAUUCCUAAAUUGUAUCAAGAAUACAUAAGCAAAACUCCUAAGAAGCUAAAGAUUAUCGAUGCUUACUUACUAUAUGUGUUUUUGACCGCUGUUAUACAGUUUGUGUACUGUUGCCUUGUCGGCACUUUUCCAUUCAAUUCUUUCUUGAGCGGUUUUAUUUCUACGGUCAGCUCAUUUGUUCUUGGAGUAUGUCUACGUUUACAAGCCAACCCAGAAAACAAGAAUGAAUUCCAAGGUCUAAGUGCAGAGCGUGGAUUUGCAGACUUUAUAUUUGCACAUCUUGUACUUCACAUUGUUGUUAUUAAUUUCAUAGGUUAA